UUGAAAAAAAUCUAUUCCUCAUCGCGCAACUUCCGGAUUCUGAUAUGGUAAACAUCCGGCUUCUCUCAGGAAUCAGAAUAAGCUAAUCGAACUCGUUCCUCUGUUACCGGAUCAGAACCGGAUGGAACCAGAGUCAGACUGCAGCAGGUGUUGGUGUCAGAUGACUGCAGGCAACCCAUCAGACAAAAGCACUAGUGGUGGCUGUUAUGUCGUGGGUGGAGCAGCGAUACAAUGACAUCAGCCCCGUGACUCUGCAGGUGGUGGGUGGGGCCAUAAGCUCCAGUCUCUACUGCGAAGAGGUGGAGGGUCUGUCGCAGGUGGAGUCCUUCCUGGUGGAGCUUUAUCGUUGCAAAAUCUGUCAGUUUACUUGUGGUCUGAAAACCGCCAUCAGCAGCCACCUUCUGCUUCGCCAUGACCCACCCACCCUCACCUGCCUGACUGGACCUGAUGGAAGAGAGGUGGCCCAGGAUGGGGCGGAGCCAGGGAUGCAGCAGAUGGAGUCACCCUACCAGCUGGAUCUGAACGGGGACUCGAAGCAGAGCGAUGAAGAUGAUGAGUUUCUGCUCUACAACAUGCUGGACAAUAUGAGCCCUCCCACCUGCGACAUGAGCACUGAGGAGGGGCUUCAGGUGGCACACACCUGUGAGGUCAGCACUCUGUUUGAGGAGGAGGAAGAGUCCUCUGUCUUCCCACUGAAAGGAAGUGCAGUGGAUAUGUCCUGUCCCAUCAACCCCUCCUCCACCCAGGAGGAGAUGGACCAGUCUGCCCAUCUAAUGACUCUCGGACUGUGCCGGAUCUCCGCUGUCAGACCUCCUGCUGCUGCUCCUUCUGACGCCUCCUGCCUGCAGCAGAGCAGGACAGAGAGACGGACAGAAAUGUUGUCCCCCGGCCACCGCAGGCUGCUGUGUCUCCUCUGUCCUGUGACACUCCCGUCCAGGCGGCUGCUGGAUGUCCAUGUCCGGUCCCACAGAGCGGUCGGUGGCUUUGGCUGCAUCCGCUGCAACUGGACCACCGACAGCUGGGAGGCGCUGGAGCCUCACUGGAGGAAUCACUGCAGGAGGGGGAGGAGGAGGAAGAGGAGGGUAAGGGGAAAGGAGCCAAAGAGGAGGGAAGAACAGGAACAUCACAAGGAGAAGCAAUGGAGGGAGGAGCAUCAAGGCAAGAAGAGGAGCUGUCUCAGGAGGUCAGCGAUAGGAGGACUCCACAGCACAGACAGAUGGAGGGCCCAGCAGAUUGAACAAGCAGAAACAAAGAAGGCGGAGCUUUCUGACAGAAGUUCCCAAACAGCCAAUCAGAAACCAGCAUGUGAUUUCAGCAGUUCUGUUCCCAGUCAGACCAGUUCACUCCAGACCUGUUCAUCACAGACUGUCUCAGUACUCAAGAAAAAGGAGCAGCAGGAGGUUGAGAGCAAGCGGACAGGCCUCACAUGCUCAUUGUGCCACAGGAAGUUCUCCUCUAAGUUGACACUGAAACGUCACCUGGGCGUCCAUGGAGCAGAAAAACCGUUUACCUGUCCUCACUGUCCCUACAGCAGCAGACUGAAGGCCUCACUGAUGCAACACCUGAGGACUCACACAGGUGAGAAACCGUUUAGGUGUUCCGAGUGUCCGUAUGCUUCCAUUGAUCGCAGCUCUCUGCUGAGACACAGCCGAACUCACAGCCAGGAGAAACCGUACAGCUGUCCGCUGUGUAACUACAGCAGCAUCCAGAAGAAGAGUUUGGAUCUCCAUGCUCGCCGACAUCACACAGGCGAGGUGUUUCCUUGCCAACAGUGUGAGUACUCCAGCCCGGACCGCCAGCUGCUGCUGAAACACAUUCGAAGACGCCACGCCCCAUCCCAGCUCCAAGUGCUCUGAUUGGACUGUGAGCUGCUGCUGAUGUCACCCAGUGUGCUGGUCACAUGUUUACAACAUAGGCAGAAAAUAUUCAAAUGUUCAUUUUACAUGAAAAUAAAAAUAUGAUAAAACAGA